AUGAGUCAGCUCGAACCUCAUACGAUUCUAGACUAUGCAAGUCGCCUUCAGAAACUCCAACACAUCACCAGGUCUCUGAACAAACCCUUGACGCUCUCGGAAAAUAUUCUGUUCAGCCGUCUUGACGAUUCUGUAGACCCCUGCGCUAUCGAAAGAGGUCAAACGAUGCUCCAGCUACGUCCUGAUAGAGUUGCCUGUCAUGAUGCCACGGCGACGAUGGCACUGCUUCAAUUCAUCGCCGCUGGCCUCGAAAGAGUUGCGAUUCCAACAACGAUUCACAGCGACCAUUUGAUCGUGGCCAAAACAGGUGCAGAGAGCGACAUAGCAAGGGCACUCACAGAACACCAAGAAGUCUACGAUUUCCUUAGCAGCGCGUCCAACAAGUAUGGGAUAGGCUACUGGAAAGCAGGUUCCGGGAUCCUGCAUGUCAUUUUGCUUGAGAACUAUGCUUUCCCGGGAGGAUUAAUGAUCGGUACCGAUUCACAUACCCCAAAUGCUGGUGGCCUAGGCAUGAUCGGAAUCGGUGUUGGUGGAUCAGACGCAGUGGACGCAAUGGCUGGCAUGCAAUGGGAAGUUAUGUGUCCUAAGAUAACCGGCGUUUACCUUUCUGGUCGCCUUGGUUCGGGCUGGACAUCUUCUAAAGACAUUAUUUGCAAACUGGCAGGCAUCCUCGGCGUGGCUGGUGGGAAAGGCAAGAUCAUUGAAUUCUUCGGACCCGGAGUCCAUUCACUAAGUACCACAUCGAUGGCAACUGUGUGCAACAUGUCAGCAGAGAUUGGUUCAACUUCUUGUUUAUUCCCAUAUACAGAAGCCAUGGGGCGAUAUCUGAGUGCCACCAAGCGAAUGGAUAUCGCCAAAGCCGCCCGCACUUACAGCGAUGUACUUCUGACCGCCGAUGUUGGCAGUGAAAAGUACUACGACGAAGUGAUCCACAUUGACUUGGACACUCUAGAGCCACACAUCAAUGGACCAUUUACACCUGAUCUAUCACAUCCUCUGUCGUCAUUCGGGGCUGCUGCAGCCAAGAGCGGUUGGCCUUUGGAGCUUAGCUCGAGCAUGGUGGGUAGUUGCACGAAUAGCUCGUAUGAGGACCUGAAGAAAGUCCAGCACCUGGUUCGACAGGCGAAAGCUGCCGGUUUAUCGAGAGUCAAAGUACCCUUCCUUGUCUCCCCUGGUAGUGAGCAGAUCAGAGCAACGGCACAGGCUGAUGGAGUCUUUACUGAAUUAGAGGAUGCUGGGGCAACUAUUCUGAGCAGCUCCUGUGGUCCAUGCGUGGGGCAAUGGGAUAGAACAGAUGUGCCCAAAGGCGAGAAGAAUUCAGUCAUCUCAAGUUACAACAGGAACUUCGCUGGCCGACAUGAUGGAAAUCCGCAAACGCACUCAUUCGUCACUUCUCCCGAGAUGGCCACUGCUUUUGCCUUCGCAGGCAAUCUGGCAUUCAAUCCCAUCACUCAAGCAUUACAACUUCCUGGCCGAGAAUUAGAAUUCCGCUUCAAUCCUCCACAAGCAAACGAGCUCCCACAAGAAUUUUUGCCUGGAGAAGACCGCUACCAACCGCCCACUGAGGACUACGCUUCUGCAACGGUAAAAGUUGAUCCAAGAUCCGACCGCCUUCAAUUGAUCGCCCAAUUUCCACCUUGGGCCGAUGAAAAUGCAACAAACAUGCAUAUCCUCAUCAAAGUGAAAGGGAAAUGCACGACGGACCACAUAUCGCCUGCCGGUCCGUGGUACAAGUAUCGAGGCCACCUCGAGAACAUCAGCAAUAACAUGCUCAUUGCCGCGACCAACGAAUUCGUCUCCGAGACAGGACAUGCCCGGAAUCCUCUCACAGGAGACAUAGGCCUAGUUCCUCGGGUUGCUCAGGCGCUCAAAAAUAGAAGGAUAAAGUGGUGCAUAAUCGCUGAUACCAAUUAUGGUGAGGGAUCGUCCCGAGAGCACGCUGCCUUGGAGCCUCGAUACUUGGGCGGCAUCGCGGUCAUUGCAAAGAGCUUUGCGCGGAUCCAUGAAACAAAUCUCAAGAAGCAGGGUAUGCUACCGUUAACCUUCAGUGACCCAGCAGACUAUGAUCGGAUUCAGGAAGGUGACUGUAUAUCUCUUGAGGGCGUGCAGGAUGGCCAAAUGGCGCCCAGGAAGCAAGUGAUAAUGCGUGUGACAAGGAAAGACGGGACCGCCUGGGAAGCCAGCUUGAGUCACACGUAUCACGAAAAUCAGCUGCAAUGGUUACGGGCUGGAAGUGCCCUGAAUCACAUCAGGAAUGUCGCGCAGCGAGUGGCGUAA